UACUUUUCAAGACAGCAAAGACUGUAAAUUUCGAACUUAUAUAUAAAAGUAUUUUUCAAAACGUUGAUCGCUGAAAAUGGCUAUGUCCAGAGGUGUUGGUGUGGGUUCAAUGGUGAUCGGCAUAUCAUUGCUAGUACUGUCACUAAUUUCGCUAAUUUGUGGGGCUGUUGUGGUGAGCAAAAUGACCAGUCCGGCAGCUGUUAGUAUUGGGUUUUGGGGACUUUACUUUAUCAUUCCUGGCGUGUUAAGUAUUAUGGCAGGUUACAAGAAGAUCUCAAGCCUGCUGGGAGCCGCACUUGGUACUCACAUCCUGGGCAUCAUUCUUGGCAUCGUGGGUUUGUCAAUCGGCGCCGCUUUCUGGACAAUCUUAUCCUCGACCUGCGUCAACUUUAGUUUUAGACAUUCACCAUUGAAUGGCGACCACUGUUAUUGUUCAUACAACAACGAAAUAAUCGACUACCCAGCAAGUUGUUCUGAUCUUGAAACUGUACGUCAAGCCAGCGCAGCCGUCACCAUCAUCUUCUCUGUUUUCACCAUCAUCAGUUUCAUUGGAUCUAUCUAUGGUUGCAUUGGAACCUGCUGUGCACCACGGGAGCAGGCUGGCGUUGUCAUAACAACGACACAGCAGCCAAUGGCAGUCGGGAUGAACACACAAGCGUAUCCUGGACAAAAGCCACCACCGUACCCGUGAGAGUAAACACUUGGUUAUCUACGUUGCAUUAGUUUGUAAUACUCGUACCUUAAAUUGAAUAUAAUGACUUGGUUAUCAGCACUAAAGGGAAUAAAAUUCUCAUCAUGUUAGGCUAAGAACGGCCCUGGCAUGGGCCGGGAAGUAUAUUCCAAUCUUUUUUAAUUAAACUUUUAUACGUUUUUCAGUUAAUCUUAAAGUAUAGUUGAUUAAUUAGCUAGAGAAACCAACGGAAUAUAGUCAUGGCGUAACCAUUCAGUAGUGGACGAAAUAUUUGUCAAAAUAUUUGUGUUUUAACGCACAUACUUAUUUGUAGCUAAAUAAAUCUCUAAAUACUGUUAGUGAAGUAGGCUUC